GAAAACCCAUUAUUAAAGCAAAAUGACAUUUGUAUCCCAUUUCUUCUUGCUGUGAGCAGAAAUCAAAUUACAGUCAGAUCUCCACUAUCUUAGCCGGCAAGAAAAAUUACACCAAAUUCAAUUCUGCAAAAGCCUCAAUCUUCAUCGCACAUUCAGAUCAAGAGAAAAUCCCCAAAAUUCAACCCUAAAAAGUGAAAAAAAAGAAAAAAAAAGAAAAAAAAAAGAAAUUCAGAUCGCCUUCAAUCCGAUGGCGAACGUUCCGCCGGUGGUUUUCCGCUCCGGCGGAAGCUCCUCCGCCCCGCAGCAGCGCCGCCUCCCGACCGCCCCCUUCCAGCCCCCCGGAUCCUCCAACCCCGGCAUCCCCUUCCUCUCCUUCGACGUCAACUCCGCCGCCGCCUCCACCUCCUUCUCCGCCGCGCCGCACUUCCCCUCCUCCUCCGCCGCCUUCGACGACGAGCCGCCGCUCCUCGAGGAGCUCGGCAUCAACACCAAGCAGAUCUACCAGAAGACCAUCUCCAUCCUCAACCCCUUCCGCAUCAACCACCACCUCCACGAGGACGCCGAUCUCUCCGGCCCCUUCCUCUUCCUCAUGGCCUUCGGCCUCUUCCAGCUCCUCGCCGGGAAGCUCCACUUCGGGAUCAUCCUCGGCUGGGUCACCAUGGCCUCGGUGUUCCUCUACGUCGUCUUCAACAUGCUCGCCGGAAAAAACGGCAAUCUCGACAUGUUCAAGUGCCUCAGCCUGAUCGGCUACUGUAUGCUGCCGAUCGUGAUGCUGUCGGCGCUCUCGCUGUUCGUGCCGCAGGGCGGGACGGCGAUACUGGUCGUGACGGGGGUGUUCGUGGUCUGGGCGACGCGUGUCUGCACGGGAUUGGUCGUGGAGCUCGCGAGCUGCGGGGACGAGCACCGGGGACUCAUCACGUAUGCCUGCUUCUUGAUUUACGUGCUCUUUUCUAUGCUUGUGGUUUUUUGAUUGAGCUGCGUUUUGUUAGAUAGGUGCUGAAUUGGUUAGUAUUGAUGUUGGCUGUCUGUUUGUGUAGAUUUUGUUUAUUCUAUGAGUUUCUGGAUAUAGAUUCUUGAAUUUUUGAGGAUGAGGAAUGAGGAUAGCUUGCAAAUUGUAAGCUAAUUAAUAGUCAUUCUCUUUGAUGAUUGGCUGUCUCAACCUGUUAUGAAUUGCAAUUGUUUCAAGUUUCCUUCA